GGCUGAAGGGCAGCGGCGGCGAUGGGCGCUGCGGGCUGAUUGGUAAAGAUGGAAAGAGGGAGAGGAGGAGGAGGAGGAGGAGGAAGGAACCUGGGAGGCUCUGGCCUGCACAGGAGCAUUUAUUCCCAGUCCCAACAGCAGUACCACUACCCUGCCUCCUCCCAGGGGAGCUGCAUGGAGAUCCAGGAGCUGGCCUCCAAGAGGGUGGACAUCCAGAAGAAGCGGUUUUACCUGGAUGUGAAACAGAGCUCCCGCGGCCGCUUUCUGAAGAUCGCCGAGGUCUGGAUAGGAAGAGGCCGGCAGGACAACAUCAGGAAAAGCAAGCUGACCCUCUCCCUGUCCGUGGCUGCCGAGCUGAAGGACUGCCUGGGGGACUUCAUCGAGCACUACGCCCACCUGGGCCUGAAGGGUGGCCACCGGGCGCACGAGCACAGCAAUGACAAGGAGCAGCAUCCCCGGAGGCGGCAGCAGCACCCGCCGCCCUCGCCCCCGGUGUCCGUGGGCUCCGAAGAGCCCCCUCACAGCGUCCUCAAAACGGAGUACAUCGAGAGGGACAACAGGAAGUACUACCUGGACCUGAAGGAGAACCAGCGCGGGCGCUUCUUGCGGAUUAGGCAAACCAUGAGCAGGGGACCUGGCAUGAUGGGCUACUUUGGCCACAGCUUGGGACAGGAGCAGACGAUCGUCCUCCCGGCGCAGGGGAUGAUCGAGUUCAGGGAUGCUUUGGUCCAGCUGAUUGAAGAGUACGGCGAGGGGGACAUAGAGGACCGCCGGGGGGGAGGCGACGAGCCCCCGGAGCUCCCCGAGGGCACCUCCUUCCGAGUGGACAACAAGCGCUUCUACUUCGACGUGGGAUCCAACAGGUACGGCAUUUUCCUGAAGAUGGGCUGACUCCAUUUUUUCCUUCCUAAUAUUUUGUCCGCCCAUGUUCAGUUCCCCACCUGCACCUCCAUAAAGGCAACACUGUUCUAAAGCAUCGAGGUGAAAUAAAAUACCAAGAACUCCUGAUAGAUGACAUGGAUUGAAAAUUGGUUUUCCUGAAAUGUCAGGGCAUAAAUUGAGGUUUUAUAAGCCGGAUGUCGUUUUGGCAUUUCUGUGAUGGAUGUAAUUAGAUCGUUCCUUCCACAUGCCGAGGGAGGCAUCACGCGGAACCUGAACCUGCAGCCCCAGGGCUCUCUCACGUACAUGAUCUUCUAGAAAGGUGUAGGUACCUGCUGGUGUUCUUGUGUUGAGUGUGGUUGUGCUCAUACUGGCCUAGCCUCGAGGGGCCUGGCUGCCACCCCAAUAAAACCAUCAUUAACGACUUGCUAAUUCAUCUUCUUAAUUGCUAGGCUACCUCAAAAGGCUUGGAGUGGCACGUGGAAAAUUGCUAACUCUGUACAGAGUAGCCACCGUAAAUUAGAAAAGAUAUAUUACAUCUUCUAGGUGUUCCAGACCCAUCCUACAUACUAGUAUUCAGCAGGGUGAGAUAAUGGCUCCUGCCUUGGCCAUUCAGGCAGUCAGAUGGAUUUCCGAGGCACGGUGGGGGAAAUCCAUCCUGAAGGCAGAAGUUUGCGUCUGUUCCUUCAUCGCUGGUCGUUUGCCGCGCGGAGAUUAAUUGGAGGCAAAGAUCACCCUCGGUGCUGGGUGCUGGCAGCCGGCUGAAGCCGGGAGGCUCCGUGCCUGGCCCCACUCAGCACUGCACUGACAGGACACCUCUGAGUUCCUGUGUGGGCACAAAUUAACGUGGAGGCAAGGGAGAGAGGAAUAUUACAUACAUAUAUAUGCACAGUCAUUUUUCCCCUGUUUCCGGUAGGUCCUUCUAUUUGAGACGUUAAAAUGUUAUCUGUUGUCUUUGCUGUUUCCCAUGUCGGGGAUGUUCAACGUGCAAUAGGAGCAGGGAGGUGGAUUUCCCAAGCAAUAGCAGCCUACUCUACUACUACCCUUAAAUCUUUACACUGCAAAUCGUGUGCAAUAGAAUCUGCAUUUCAAAACAGCAGAGAGUAUGUGGGAUAAAAGACACGGGUUAACCCCAGGCUCUUACAAGUAUUCCCAUCUGGUCCUUGUUCGGAGCACAUGUUGUUGGCACAAUGCUGAGGGAGAGGGGGAGUAAGAGCUUCCCACCGAGGUAGAGGAACGAAAAGGCAGGAGGGGGUGGAAGGAAGCGAGGACAAGAUCCGUGCUCCAGGGAAUCACAGAGCAUGACGAGCUUUAUCUGUAGUAGGAGGAACAGGCGGCACCGUCAGCGCUGGAGUUCCGUGGAGCUGGGGAAGGAGGCAGAGAGCCUGGAUGCUCCACUCGGGGACCAGGGUGGUUGUCUUGGGCCGGUUCUCCUUCCUCUUUGGGAACAGUAACAUGCUCUGCAAGUGUCUUAUCUUGCCAACAAACCCAUCAGGGCUAAGCGUGUCCAAUGGAUGGAGUGUCUGCUUUUCCAGCUUGCUUUUUAGGACUCGAGUGGCUUGGCUCUUACCGAGCUGGGAGGCUUGCCCAGGAAUACCUGCGGAGGCUUAGGGGAGCACACAAGUGUUGGUGACCUCUAAGGUUUGCUCAUGCCAUCCCAAUUUAUGGAUGCUCUUGUGUGCUUUUCACCCGGGAGCCACCUGAGUGAUGGAGUGUUGUGUUAUCAAUGGGGCAGCUGCUCUUUUCCAUUGCAAAGGAAAGGUGUUGGUGAAGGCUGGAGGGGAUCAGAGGGAAAGAAAGCAGCUUUCAAGAAGCAAUUUCUGUGUGCCUGUCUUUGCAAAAGGGUUGUGUCGUUUCUAACAAGACUCUGCAGAUGAUCACCACUUGUAUUGCCUUUGUUUUCCUGAGCCCCGCUCGGUGUUAACAGCUGUUGAAAGCUGUGCUUUGAACCAGUGAAGUGCUGGAAUAAUUGCGAGGACUCUGGAAAAGCUGUCAGUGUCUCAAGCUGGGCCUCCUGAUAAUGGAGACGGGAUCACUUUGGCUUUAUCCUGCCUGUGCCUAUGUUCCCCACCGCUAAAAUGGGGUGAAUGAUACCUCCCUACCUCAAAGGGGUGUGCGAAAGAGGAGUUUGUUUGGCAUCAGAGUUUUUGUGGUGAUCUUAUACUGAUCAAUACUGAUGAUCACCAAGAGCAGAAAAGGGAGAAAUUUGUUGUGAAAUGGAGUGUUUGGAAGGUUUGGAACAUACCUGACUCCAAACUUGAAUUUGCAAGGGUGCCUCUAAAUGGUCCAUUUCAGGGCCCGGACAGCAAAAAGCAUUCUUAUUUUUCCCAAGUUGAACAACCUGGCAAAAAUCUGCUCUUUCAAAUCUCCCACGGUGGAUAUUCCCAACCUCCCUCCCCAAGCUGUUUCCCCCUGCUUCUUCUCAGAUAUUUUUCAUGCUGUCCAGUCCAUGUGUCCCUUCCUGCCAUCUAAUUCUGUUGCUUUUUGCCUUACAGGCCAUGCUCUCCAGAGGAGAUACGGAAACAGUUUAUUUUCUUCCCUGCUGCAGCUUUUACACAUAAUUAAAGGCUGUUGUCAGGUCUCUUCUGCACCCUUUCCUAAGGAAAUACAAAGCCUUCCACCAAGAGUAAUUUUUAGCCCUCAUCAUGUACUUGUUGCUUUCUGAUGAGUCCGUUUAAACACAAAUGGAAGGAAAGCAUCAAGCAACAAUAUAAGCUCCCCGUGCCAACAUGUUUGGAAAUACAGGUUUUCCUUUGUGUUCCUAACUCUCCAAGGAUUGUGUGUUCUUAUUAUAUGAAUAGUCAUAGAAAUAUUUGCAUGAACUUCUCCUUACUAGCAUUUUUAUUGCAAGGAGAUCUGAGAGUUUUGUGUAGGUCUAACUGGAGAGAAUUUCCUCCAGGUUCUCACUCUGCUCUGCCUCCACUCAACACGUAUAUCCCAGCGCCUUCCAGAAGGGCAUUUAAGCAUAUGACCAACAUCUGUCAAGCAGCUACUCCUUCCCUCCUCUUCCUGGGGAAAAGACUGAAUGUGCCAACUCAGCCCUGGUAUUUUUAACAUAAAUUAAUUAUCCCUGCUGUUCCAUGUUAGCAGUGUAAAGGGUGAGCUGGAGCACGCUGUGUGCUGGCAGCAGCGCACCCCAGCAGCUUCACAGCAUGAGAGCAAACCAGAGGGCUCACAGAGAGCAAAGCCUGGCUUUGGCAUGGCUCCCACCACUUCCCUCAGCAACUGGUGUUGAACAGGAGCUGUUUUGUCUCUUCAAGUUCCCCUCGGACCUGUUGCUGCUUUGCAAAUUGUCAUUUUUGCUUGGAGCACGGAGCAUGUGCUGCUGCCUGGUUGGAAAGUACCCGAUAUUAAAAGGAGAGUCUCUCCUCCGGGAAGCUGGCAGGGGGAAUCUAAGGCCAGAGACCUUCUGUGCAGGCAGAGAGGUGAUGGAGCAGUGCUCUGGGGUAAAUGAAACUCAGUGUGCAGCCAACAGAUGUAUUUCUGUUUGGGUUGCCUCCACGAUAGCUGCUUUUUUUUCCUUCCAGAUGUUUGAACGCUCCCAAGAUCUCCAUAGUGCUGCCUAGGACAGAUAUUUGCAAGGGAACUGAGCUGCCUCCAAGGACACUCUCUUUGCUGAGACUCCAGUGAACACAGCAAAGUGUUUGGGAAGUGGAGCAUUGUGCUGGUGGCACUUUUAAAAGAGUUUUUCCCAGGUAGAUGUCUCAGCAGGGACGAGCAGAGGCCACUGGCAGCCAAGAGCAGAGGGCAAGGAUUUGAUUCUCAGUUCUUGGCAGUGGGACUUAUCCCAGGUCCAACAACUCAGUUACUGUGCACACCGCUGUAGUAAGUGAUGAAGUUUUUUAAUUUAAGCAUUUUUAAUAAUACCCUCAUCCUGGUAAAAUUAGGGAAAGUUUUUUGGCUCAAAUGUUUUGCUUAGAAGCUGAGAAUAGGCACGGUGUUUCACAAGGUGAACCAAACCUCUGUGCCUCUUACCUCAGAGCGUAUCCUUUAAAGUGGCAUUUUAUUUCUUGCUCCAUCUGGUUGCAAAACAUCAAGGUCACUAAAGCAGAAACCCCUGUAGGUGUUUAUAUGGCUCAGUGCAUAGGGACAUUUUCCUGUCACUUUGCUGGCAGGGCCCAGUCCUGGUUGUGCUUUUCUUCUUCCCAUUUGGACCACUAAGAGUAUUUAUCAGUCCUAUUCGUGUCUUGUGGGUGACCUGGCUUAAGAACCCUAAAUUUGUUUUUCUUCUUAGAAGUUCAGCACCUUCUUUUAAGCCUUGCUUGUGAAUCCCUCUGGAAACGUGCAAAACCCAAAUGUGCCUCGGUUCCCUCCCACCACACGUGUUCUCCAACUGCUGCAGCCGAUGUAGGACAAAAAGAUGUGGAGCUGGUUAUAUUUUUCCCAGGCAGUUGUUUCCCUCUGUGUCUAUUUUGGUAUGAAUUGGCCUUAACCAUUCCAGGGAUGCUGUUCUGCAGCUCUCACCUGCUUCUGCAGCCCUUGCAAGGACGACGGGGCUCUGGCUGAUGUUAUCUCUAGGCUGGGGCAGGUUCUUGGGGUGAUGCUGCAGCAGAGGGGCAGUUAUUUAACCAUUCCCUCCAUGAUGGUUCCCAUGUGGAGUAGGGAACCAGUUACCUGGGGCAGAUUUGAUCAUGUGCUGCUUCCUCCGAGCAGCCGGCAGGCACCAUGUCGCUUGUAGACAGUGUCUGACAGCUUCCCCAGGGAUGAUGAGCUUUACUGCAUCUGCUGCAAGUGUUGCUCUGAGCUGAGGCUCUUCCUUCUCACCAGGGCUCGAUGCCAUGCCUGGAUCCUUUGUUAUGUGUAACCUUAAUUUUGUUUCUCUGAACGUUGCCAGGAUUUCCUCCUCCCCGGGACAUUUAAAUGGGGUGCAGAGCAAUUAGAGUCACUUUUCUCUGCAUGUGUAACAGCAGGGCGCUUCCAUAUCAGUUUGGGAAUCGACCCAGGGGUUUGAUGUGGGUUGCUAAAUUCAGGCCUGUGGGAUGAGCAUGCCCACAGCAAAGUGGGUAUGAAGAUGUGGAGAUAAGAGCUGUGCCUCUGCCAAGCUCCUGUCUACUCUCUUUCAGUCCUGUACUGACUCUGGUUGCUGCAGUGGGAGCCACCAAGACCAGGGACCACCAGAGCCUGCCUGUGGCACCUGGGUCAAAGUGGCAGCAGAGACCAGAGCCAGGCAAGGGACCAUCACCCACAGGUAUUGUAUGUCACAGUAUAACUCAAAGGGAAGGCAUCUACAGCUUUAUCCUGGAUUCUGCAGCAGCCCAGCUAUUUCAUCCUUCCUUUUCUGCCUCAUGGGACUUUUAGCUCUUGCCUGGUGCAUCCGCUCUGGAGAGCAUAUGGACAUGUCUGUCCUGGGAUCGGCGUGUGCCAGCACACAGUCUGCACGUAAUCCUGCUGCAUCCAUAACAGCAUUUAUUGCUUAUGUCAGCACAGCCAUCCCUCAGCGCUGCCAGGGGUAACCCUUUGAGGUAACAAGUGAUAAGUUCCUUCUAGCUGUCUUAUUAAAAAAAGAAUUAAAAAAAAAAAAAAGAAGAAGGAGGUGCUGGAACAUUUUCACGGAUGCUGCCAGCUUUUAACUGUGGGUUACCUUGGUGAAGGCAUAUUACAGAGACUUUUCUUUUAAGAACAGCUUAAAAGUGUCUGUUUGGCAGUGCAUGCUUUGUGCUGGUAUGUGUGAAGCUGCAAGAAAACCCCCAAUCCAGAGCGUGAGGCAGAGGAGUUGCCCACUUGCUCCUCUCUGCAGCACCAAACUGCAGUUUAACCUGUUGCUUUUCUCACCUCUUUCCUGCUCUUAAGAGACACCCUCUAAAGUUGGGAUAACCUCCCCAAAGCUCCCUUCUCAGGCUCCCCACAGAGGGAAGUUCAUCCUCCUCCUCCACACUGCAGCCCUUGAGCUGUUGCAAUAAGCCCUUGAGGUGCUCUCUCAGAACCCAUACCGGUCUCUUCCCCCCGGUGAGGCUGAAGAUUCUGUGCAAAACAGAACAAGCAAGAGGCCAAGUCAUGGGGAGUUUUCACUUGUCUCAGCCUAAACACCAGCCUCCUCCAGGCUUUCAGUCUUCCAAGAGCUUCCCAUCUUUCUAGCCAAGUGGUUUGUUUGCUAGAAGAAGAAAAAUUGGGAGUUUUGUGCUACCAGUAGCUGGAGUCCUCUUUCACUAGUGAAGGCAUUUUCUCCUUUGAAUUUUGUUUGAAUGCAGAAACUAUUGUGAAAUGAGAGCUGUAAUACUGGGAAAGGGGAGAUCAGAGCAUUCCUCUGGAUAGGGUUUGAUGCAAUUUGAAGCUGCUUGUGGAAGAUUGGCUGGAAGGUAAACUGAUUUGGGCUAAAAAAGCUGGUGCUGUUAAACCGUAUCAGUGACUCUUUAGUGGAUGGUCCAAAAUAGCUUUUUUAUGGCCUGUGACCUCUAGGAAAGAUAACUGGAUUUUUGAUCUUAGAUUGAAGGGGCAAUUUCUGCUGAAAGAAACUUGUGUUCUUUAGAAACCAUCUCAGGCUGGCAUUUACUGUCAAAAACAUUGCAUGGAAACAGACAGAAAACAAACCAAAAAUCACACAUGUGAGUCAAGCCCAGGCGAGCCUUGCACUGUCCCUGAAUCCGGGAUAGAUCCCGGCUGUCAUCCACUUUUCUGCCUUCGUGGCCACCAAAAUUUCCCGUAGACACCUGCGUGGGUGUGAUUAGACAGGAGCUCCUGUUUUUGCAGCAUCCUGCUUUGCACCUGGACUUGAUCCAUUGACUGCAGAGGUGUUGUGCCCCCCAAGGAAAAGCGGUCCCCUCCGAUGUUCCUGUGUUGUGUCGGAGCCGCGGCGCCCGUGCCAGGUGGGAGACGCCGAGGUGGGUGUUGAGUUGGUUUUCAGAGCAGUGCUUGGUCACCAGCUGUUGUCUAGGAUGCUGUGGCUUUUGGUACAGCUGGAUAAAAAAAAAAAGCUUUCUCGUUGAAUUUCAAGUCAGGGGCCUGUUUUCUGCCAAGCUACCCCCCGCCGUUUCAAAUGUAUUUUAUUCUCCUUUUCUUUGCACUGGUCCCGUUACGCUCCGCUCAACAGCUGCUGCAUUUAAUCCCAGAAGCUGCAAUUGGUAGGGAGCAAAGUGAUCUCCAUAUAACCUCUCUCUUACUCAUAAGUGUGCAUUAUGAAGCUUAACCGAUGGUAAUAAAAUGUUUUGCUUUCAACAUGCCGUCCCUGUGGUCCAAUGUUCCCGUCUUCAGGCUCCGUCAUUACAGCCGGGCGAUGUAUCGGAGCUGUUCUGCUGCUCCCCACGAACCUGCCUGGUAAUGCUGGACACGGGCAUCUUGGAUGCAUGUGGAUACCCAGCAAGGAGAGAUGGAGAACGUGGCGUGGAUAGCAAGCUGGCAGUGUUGGCAUUCCCAGGUGGAAGCAGCUCUUUGAGGAAGACUCUAUCUUGGCAGUCAAGGAAAAAGACGCUCGGGGUCUUGCUUGGCUGCGGCCCAAAGUGCAGGUUCCCAUCUCUGUGAGAUAGUCUGGCAGUGCAAUCUGCUGUUAGAGCCUCUUCAGGGACUACGGCAGGACGUGGGGGAGCAGGAACAGAUUGCAAUCCUGCUACUUGGUUGGGGUUUUUUCACCCCUUUCACAACAACUCUGCAGGUUCAUGUUUGUUUUUUUGGUGUUUUUUUUUUAUUUCCUGCAUACGAAAAAAAGGGCAUUUUCAUGUCAUCCUGCAUGAUGGUGGGGAAAAAAGAUGCUCCUCGCCCAUGUUUAAGUAACCAUACAAAAUGCAGCAAUUCUGCUUUAGGAAUUUCAUUUUUGUUUACACACCAUUGAUGCUUUCAUUAACAGCAUCUUUUCACGUAUAAGUACUUGAGAGGUCGUACGAUUUUCCUGCUCUAAAAUGAAAACAGGGUUUUCCAAGCAGGGAUCUCCAAGCAUCAUUUCUGUGGUAUGGUGGGUUGCAUCAGCCCCACAGCUGGCUUCUGUUGGACAGGAUGUGGGUUUUCCAUAUUUAAGGUUUAUAGCAUUUGGAUUCAAAGCGGAAUUUCCCAGGCAGAGCCCCCCCCGGAAGGUAUCAGAAUAUAUGGCUUUGUCAGGCGGCGAUAACAGCCUUUUUCUGGAGAUUGCCAUUUUGUAAAUAAGCUUCUUCUCGAGCAGCACGGCUCCAGCUACAAAAGAUGGAUGAUUAUUACUUCCUGGAAUCGGCCUUCCGCUGCAGGAUCUGGUUUUUAUUGUGAUAAUUAGCAUAGAAUUAAAAAUGGCCCUGCGUCUCCAGUUCGCCCUGUAGUUCCUCUGGUACAGAGCGAUCCGGGAUGGCGUUUUCUUUGGGAAUAGGCUGUGCCUGGGAAUCACUUCAUUCGCUGCUGCAAAUCAGUGCAGGGGUAUCUGCAGGCUUCGGCGCAGCAAAAGCCUCCGCCUCCAGAAAUAAAUCAUUGCUCCUAAUAAACUUUCAAAUGAGUUGUUUGUUGGAGGCUGGAAAAGUUGCCAAGGAUAUUUAGACAAAAAUCCAAAGCGGGAUUUUACAAAUGCCUUUAAAUUCCAGAGCUCGGGUUGGAGGUGAGGUCACGGGCAAGCAGGCAGCUUUUUCUCCUGAAAAACUGUAGUAGCUUUUCUUCUUAAAAAUUUAACAGGGUUGUCACUCCAGGCAGAGGCAGAAUUGUAAGGAGUGUCAGACAUGGCCACUGGUGUGUCCAUAGGAGAAAACUAAAGCAGCGAAAGCGUGUAAACUUCCUUGUGAGAGCGGUGCAGGAAAUUACUGUGCAAUUGGACGCGGUGUCCUAGCGUUAGAUUUAUUAGCCACUUCCAAAUCAUCUGCCAAAAAUCCUUUCAAUCGGAAGACAGGAAAGAACAUGUUAUAAAAAGACCUGGAAAAGGAGUGAUUUUGGCACGGGAGUUUCCAGGCUGGUAAUUGUCCAUGUGUACAGUGUUUGGGUUUGGUCUCAGCGUUGAGGUCAGUGGUACUUAAACCAAAUGCUGUCCCAGUGCCUGCGUAUGGCAAAUGGUGAAAUGUCUGGCAGGAUCGUGGGCACAUCCACGCUCUUGUGUACGUUCCCCAGACCUUGCUGCUUUGGCAACAAGACUGGAUAUAUCAUUCCAGCAGUUUCUUGUCUGGAUGGUGGGCUGAGAUGGUCACGUUUCCCCACUGCACACCUCGCUGCCCUCCUCACUGUGGGGCACUGCCAAUCUCACACUGCACUUCUCCAGCUCCCAUGCCUUUUCCAGGCUGCUUUCUUUCCACUUGUAUGCCUGCAAAGUUGGAGUUACUUCCAUAUCCUCUGUAUGCAAGACCCUGCUUUUUGCUUGUUUAAAUCCAACUCUUUCUGGCGGUAGUGGAAAUAAGUGACCUGGCUUUGUAGCUCUCUUUUAAUGUUCCCUGCUUCUGGAAAACCAUCUCCCUAGUGCUUGGUCUCUGAUGAGGAACACAUCUGCAACUAUACCUGCAGCAUCCCCAACAUAUCCUGCCAGCUCCAGCAAGUCGAUAUAUUUGACUUAAAAAGAGCUUUCUCCAUAAAAAUGAUCCAUACCUGCCUCAGAUGCACCAGAUGUUGCCUUGUACAACCCUUUGGAGAUUUGGCAGCAAGGCAUGUGGGGCCUGGGGAGCCACUUUGCUAUGCUGUGACCUUUUUUUUUGGGGUGCCUGCUGGAAUGUAGUGAGAACUGAAGAUCUGGUUUCCCCCUUUCCAUGUGGCACUUUUGGGAGAAAACACCCUGUUUUCACAGGCGCUGAGCUCCCAAGGUAAGGGGAUGGGAGAGCACUGCUGGAGCAUGUCCCAGCGUGCAAGGAGCUGCUUCCAGCCCAGGGUGAGGACUGGGACCAGCACAGUCCUUAGCAGGGAGAUUUCCUACCUCCUGUUUCCAGCAAGCAGAGCUGAUGCUUUUCCAGCAUGAGUGUAAAGGUAGGAUUGGGUUUGUGGCUCACAAAAAAGCAGAUGCCAGCAGCUGGAACAGGCAAGGGAAGUGUGUGUUUAAAGAGAGAAAGGAGAAGUGUCUGUCAUCCAUUGGGAUGAAUCCUCCUUUUCCAGCCUCUUUCCGGGAGCGUGCUGAUCCAAAGUCCUUCUCUGGAGCGUUUUCCUUCACGAAAAUGAAGCCGGGCCGUUGGUAACGUCAGUGUUUCCCAGACCGCCUUCAUCGUCUUGUUCUUGCAUUCGUUGUCCUUCGACUGGUAGGGUGGUUAUGAGAAAAAAAGCCAGCUUAAAGCAUGGUCAGAAAGCUACAAUUAACGAAGCAAACCACAAAUAAAUAAGUAAAAUAGGCUAAACUGUAAGAUAGGUGUAAAAGGAGGCAGUCUGCCGCGCGGCUCCUCUGUAAACGUGCAUGAUAAGCAUCGGCGAAGCUUGUUGCAGACACUGGGCAGGGCUGCUUUUGCUAGACUUUUGAGUAUCCUAGUUGCAAAGACUCGUAAGUGUUCCAAAAGGCUCGUGGUUUUGGAGUGGGGUCUGUCUUUUCUGUUUUCCGUGCGCUGUGACCACUUGCUUUCCGAAUGGGUUUGUAUAGUGGUGGAGUUAAUGGAGCUGUUCUUUAUAGUAACCUAAAAGGUGUCAGUCGUUUGCUCGUGUGUGUUCACAGGCUGAGCCGUGGCGUUACGCAUCCCUCCGCAAUGGUGUGAUUUGAAGCACUUUUGGUGUGGCAUGUGCAGUUGCAGUGCUGUCUGUUUUUAAUUUCCCCUCCCAAUUAUCCCUCCCCCCUCCGUGUUCUCCCCGUGUUUCGGACACUGAACCAAACCGACGUCGGAACUAGCACUUUAAGUACUAGUAGUCACUUUGCUUCGGACUAUAUUGAGCACUGCACUUUUGUAUGUACUGUUAGCACUGAGUUCUGAACUCCUUUCUUUUCCCCACCUCUUUUCCCUCUUAGGCGCAGUGUUAAUUACGUAGGGGCCAUCAGAAGAUAAUUUUGAGGUGUGUUGGACCGCUGUCCGGUGCCUGACUUCCAUUACGUAUCCAUUAGCGACUUUACAGUAGGGAAUUUAACCCAUCCAGGCUUAUUUUACACAACAGAACAGACACCUAUGUCACUGACGUCCAGGCAGACGUGGUUGCUCUAAACUUCGAGGUCCUCCGAGGAGACCCGAGCGCAUGGCUUUUGAAAACACCAAAGAUACAGGAGAAGUCUCAGAAGGGAUCGGGAUGGGAUUGGAAUUGAGCAGAGCGAGAGGCGUAGGGCAGACGCUCUUGUGUUCGGUACGAGACCCCAGUGAGCCCAUGGGACAGCCCAGUUCAAACCAGUCUGGGACUCUGGUACCAGUAAAGACUGCGCUCAAGCCAUUGCAAUAAAAGCCAUCAUUGUGCCUGCACUGAAAGUGCCGUUGGAAUUGGUCGUUGUCUUCAACUGCAAAAAGGUAUUUUUAAGUAAAAAAAGACUGAGAGAUGAUUUAGAAGAUGGAACAUAAUAACCCUGGGGUUUGCUGUUGUUAGGAGUUAAUCGGCUCUCGUGUUCAGAGGCAGUUUGGAUGUGCAUUGCUAUUCCUGUUAAAUUCCUGUGAUAUUUCCGUAAGGGAGGCUGGGGAUCAGAAGCUCCCUUGCCAGCAAAUCAGUAGGGUAGAGUUUGUAGCAAACGUAGUCAGAAAUCUCUAGGAUUUGAAAUGGGCUGGCGAUCCCUGGGAUGCUGAAUAAUCCGAAUUUUGAUGCCCCAAACUAUCCACUCUCAACCAGCUGGGGGUGUUUUGCCUCUUUAAAAGCCCUCAUAGGUUUUCACAGCAGCAAAUAAAUCACAAUGGGUGUGGGAGUGCUACAUCUCCUCCACACCAGGGUAUCCACACUUGGGACUUGCUGCUCAUCCUCCUUGACGAGCCCAUAGUCAAUCCAAAUCCUUCUCUGGCAAUCCUCCUUGAUGGGAGUUUCUCCCUAGUGAAACUUAAUGGAUAAACCCCACCAUUACAGCACGAUCCGUUUGAAUGGAGAGAAGGGAAUUAGGUCUUCUCCUUCACUGCUAGCAAGGGGCCGUGAUGGAAAUAACCUUCAGCAACAAAAAGGAAUAAGUGUGUUGGGUUUCCUUGUUGCAGCAGAUGAAGGAUUUUUCCUAAACAACUCCAGUUUUAGUGGCUGGUUUUCUUGGGUUCCUUCUUCAAUACACCUUCAGGGGUUUGGAUAUUCAGCAGGAACUGAUGGUGGUUUAAAACCACAAAUCUUGAGCAACCCCAAGUAUUAUGCUCUUGCAUCCUCUGUCAUUGGACUUAAAAAUGGAAUCCAGAUUUUGGUUUUUUUUCUUUCUCACUCCAGCCAAAUUAUCCCUGCAAAUGUAGCUUUAAACAAAUAGCAGCAGGCAAUGCUGCUGCUCUAUCUGAGCCCCCAAAAUUAGAGAGCUGAGGGGACAACCUCUUCCAAAAGUACCUCAGUGACUCAGAGCCCACAACCACUCGCUGUCAUGAGGAUGCAGGCAAACCCUUUGGAAAAUUCACCCCUCAGCGAGCCCACCAGUCUCCUUCAGUCCUUGGAAAUUAAGCUCGGGAGACAGGGGAAUGUGGAACAGGUCUUUUUGUCUUUAUUUUCCCUCUCAGGUGUAGUUUUUUUGCCCCUUGGAGUUGGCAUCUCAUCCUUUGGGAAGGUAGAAUUAAGCAUGGCACACCUGAGGCCCGAAUGCAAAUCCUAGCACAGCACCUCUCGCUUUGGAAGGGCCUUUUAGGUGGGAAAAAAAAA